GGAAGUCACUCUGCUGCGCUUGUUGACAGCUUCCGGCGCGCUCUUCCGCUCUGUUGUGCGCGUGAGUGUCAGAUUGCGAUUAUUAGUUAUUGAUUAUUACAGUAUCAGUCUCUAACAUCGACGACUUCAGCCGCAGCUGGAUCCGAGCACAGCGGUGAAGAUGAUAAAAGCCAUCCUAAUCUUUAAUAAUCAUGGAAAACCACGGAUGUCCAAGUUCUACGAGCAUUAUACCGAAGACACAGAGCAGCAGAUCAUCAGAGAAACCUUUCAUCUGGUGUCCAAGCGAGACGAGAACGUCUGCAACUUCCUGGAGGGAGGACUGUUAAUCGGCGGCUCGGAGAACAAGCUGAUCUACAGACACUACGCCACGCUGUACUUCGUGUUCUGUGUGGAUUCGUCCGAGAGCGAGCUGGGCAUUCUGGAUCUGAUCCAGGUGUUCGUGGAGACGCUGGAUAAAUGCUUCGAGAACGUGUGUGAGCUGGACCUGAUCUUCCACCUGGAUAAGGUGCACAACAUCCUGGCGGAGAUGGUGAUGGGGGGCAUGGUGCUGGAGACCAACAUGAGCGAGAUCAUCACGCAGGUGGAGGCGCAGGGCAAGAUGGAGAAGUCUGAGGCUGGGAUCGCUGGUGCUCCGGCGCGUGCCGUGUCGGCCGUCAAGAACAUGAACCUGCCAGAGAUGCCCAAGAACAUCAACAUCGGGGACAUCAGCAUCAAAGUGCCAAACCUGCCGUCUUUCAAAUAGUGAACACUGCACACAAGUGUGAAACUGUUCACUAGAGUCCAGCAGAUCUUGAGUUGCAUCACAGAUGAUGAAGGCACUGUGUGAUGCUGUCAAUGAAGUAUUUAUUUGAUUCUUCUGUCCCCGGUGUGUGUGUGUGUGUUUGAGUGUGUGUCUGUGAUUGCAUGUGUGUGUGUGUGUCUGUGAGUGUGUGUCUGUGAGUGGGUGAGUGUGUGUGUCUGUGUGUGAGUGUCUGUG